AUGACUGAAGAAAGCCCUUUGAAUUCUAGUACAUCAAAAACUAGCCAAUCAAAUAUGACUCAAACCAAUUUUGAUGUCUCAUCACCCUAUGCUCUUCGUGCCUCUGACAAUCCAGGCACAACUUUAGUAACAUGCCUCCUCAAAGAAGACAAUUACCCCACAUGGCGUCGUGCCAUGACAAAUGCACUCCAGGCCAAAAAUAAAUUUGGCUUUGUAGAUGGAUCUGUCAAACGCCCAUCACCUGGUUCCAUAGAAGAACCUGCAUGGAUUAAAUGCAACUCUAUGGUAAUUUCUUGGAUUUUUAAUUCUCUUCACCCUACCCUACAUAAUAGUGCCGCAUACUUUAUUAUGACACAAGAGAUGUGGAAGGACCUUGAAGAAAGAUUCUCUCAAGACAACGCUCCUCGCAAUUAUCAGAUGAAGACUGAGAUGGUGAAUACCUUGCAACAAGGCAUGUCUGUUUUAGCAUAUUACACAAAAUUAAAGGGAAUUUGGGAUGAGCUGAACACAUACUCGCAAAUUCCAAUGUGUACUUGUGGGUCUGCACAGGCUUUUGCUGUAGAAAGGGAGAAAGAAAAAGUGCAUCAGUUUCUAAUGGGCCUGAAUGAAAAAUACAAUACGGUACGAUCUCAAAUUUUGAACAUUGAACCACUACUCUCUUUGUCUCGUGUUUAUGGACUUGUAGCACAAGAGGAAUGA